AUGGCCGAGGAGGAGGAAGAUGACUACCUCUCCAUGAGCUUCGGAGGACCCGAAGCAAAACCGCAAGAAACAUCUCUUCAACGCAUCGCACGCCAGAAGAAAGAAGCCGCAGAGCGAAGUCGUGUGCCAUCCAAGGGCGAGCUUCGAGAGCGCGAGAAGCUGGCUCGAGAGACUGCUCUUGCCACCGCCAUCGAUGACUCCAACAAGGGAGCGAAGAUGAUGGCCAAGAUGGGCUUCAAAGGCGGAGCGCUCGGUAAGUCAGAUGAUGCUCGUACCCAGCCCAUUGAGUUGCAGUUGAAGAACGACCGGGGCGGCAUUGGCAUGGACAGCGAGAAGAAGCGUAAGGUGAGGCAGGCGGCGGAGGCGAUGGAAGAGGGGAAGAAAAAGCAAAAGGUUGGAAUGGACGAGUUUAGGGAAAGGAGUCGGCUGGAGCGGGAAGAGAAACGGGGUGAGGGGCUGUGGUGGGGUGCGAUGAAGGUGCUAGAGGGGUUGGAGGAGGAUGGCGGCGAAGAUGCUAAGGUCGAAGACGGUCCUGAUGAGGUCGGCGAGAAUGUUCCCAAGAUCAAGAAGGGCGACAAGCUGAAAGACGUCAACCUGCUCUACCGACCACUACUCAAGCACCGCCUGGAGAAGGAGCGAGACCGGAAGAUGCGUUACGAUCUCAACAACUCACUUUCGACGCGCAACAAUGCUUCAGACUCGGAAGACGACAAAGAAGCCUCCUUUGAUAAGCGCACCGACCAACUCGAGGAUGAAGAUACGGAGAUUGAAGAGUAUGAGGCUCUGAGCUUCGCUAACAGGCUCGAGAGGGUGGUGACUGAGCUCCGCGACAAGCAUCAGUACUGCUUCUGGUGCAAGUUCCGGUACACAGAUGCCGAGAUGGAGGGUUGUCCAGGCUUGACGGAGGAUGAGCAUGGCUGA